AGACGCUGAUUAACAUGGCUUUAAUGCUAGUAGCAGUCGGGGUGUUGUCUGCCGGGGUUCUGAUUGUGUAUUUGAGUGGUGCUUUUAGACGCUCUUCUGGUCCCCCCCGUAACAUAGUGCCAGUGUUAGAUGGGUGGUGGGGACGAGGCAAAAAACCAGAGGAGGAGGAAGAUGCGGCAAUUAGGGAAUUCAAGCUGGAGGUAUCUGCUGAAGAAUUGGAAGAUCUUAAUGAUCGUUUGAGAAAGGCCCGAUGGUUUGAGAGUGUUGAAGAAACCAAGUUUCAUUUUGGUAUCAAACCAGAAUACAUGAAGUCAAUACAGGAAUACUGGCUCAACGAAUACGAUUGGCGUAAACAAGAGAAGCGUCUGAACAAGUAUCCACAGUUUAAGACCAAUAUUGAAGGAAUUGAUAUCCACUUUGUACGAGCCACACCCAGUAAGCUGAAACCUGGACAGAGAGCAAAACCAAUAAUGAUGGUGCAUGGAUGGCCAGGAUCGUUCUACGAGUUCUUUAAGAUUAUUCCAAUGUUAAUCGACCCGACUAAUCAUGGAGGGACUGAUGUGGACGUAUUUGAAGUAAUCUGCCCAUCUCUUCCCGGGUACGGCUUCUCUGAGGCUGCGCAUAAACAAGGUCUGAACGUGAGGGAGAUUGGCCGUAUUUUCCACAAGUUGAUGCUUCGAUUGGGGUUUGAAAGUUACUACCUUCAAGGAGGUGAUUGGGGGUCUAUGGUGAUUGAUCAGACGGCUGGAAUGUUCCCAAAACACGUGCGUGGAAUGCACAGUAAUUUUACUUCACAACUCGCUCCAUUGAGUCAGGUGGUACUCGGCAAGCUGGUCCCGUCUCUUGUCCUAGAUGACGAAUCGUAUGGUAAAUUUCUUCCAAGUUGGAGUCGUAUUGUUUUCGGGUUGAAGGAGUUUGGGUAUCUACAUUUGAAUGCAACUAAACCAGACACUAUCGGACACGCCCUCACCGACUCCCCAGUUGGGCUCGCUGCUUACAUCAUUGAGAAGUUUUCUGUUUGGACCAAUUACGGUUGGAUUGACUUGGACGACGGCGGACUGGAUGGCUAUUGGUCCAAAGAUGAUCUGCUAAAUAACGUCAUGAUCUAUUGGGUGUCAGGAUGCAUUACGUCAUCAUUGCGUCUGUACAAAGAGACCAUUCCAAAAUCGUCUGAGCUUAAAAAGUUCAUAAACACCGUUCCAACUGGUUUGGCUGAUCUUCCAAAUGAUCUUAACCGAAGCCAACGUAACUGGGCAGCCCGUCACUUCAGCAACAUUAUCACCUAUCGAACCUACCCAACCGGCGGCCAUUUUGCAGCAUUAGAAGUCCCUGAGUUACUUGCAGAAGACGUCAGAAAUUUUGUGCAAAAGGUAGAAGAACUUUACCCAGAAGUAAUGUCGUCGGAGUCAUAAUUAAAUGUGAUUCAUAAUAUCAUGAUUCUAUGAUAGAAAGGUUUGAAGCAAAAUUAAUGAUCGUUUAGAGUGUAUCCAAUGGGGUUGGAAAAGGUUAACCGAGACAGUACUCAAUAUUUGUCAACAGAUUUUGAUUGUUUUCAAUGUUAAUACAAAUUUUUCAAAUUCGUCAUGCAUUAGUUUCAGAGAGACAUGACAUUGAUCAUUAUCUGACUGCGCGUUUUGGAACCAGUUUUUAAAAUAAGAUUGUUAUAACUAUGAACGUGAAACAUGGCGUACCAAACGGAAAGGCUCGUGGGGUCAAGGUCGUAAGGGAAAGGCUGGUGGGGUCACCGACUAAGGGAAAGGCUCGUGAAGUUAGCUCGCGGGCCAAGGGAAAUGCCCGUGGAGUCGAGCUCGUACCCAAGGGAAAGGCUGGCGGGGUCGAGCUUGUACCGAAGGGAAGUGCCCGUGGAGUCGAGCUCGUACCCAAUCAAGUUUGUUUUCUGUGUUUUACUUUAGAAGGAGCCCUCAAACGAUACUGGUACAGAUACUGCUUUUCAGAACCGUUGGGUACGAUCAAUUAAUAUGAUAAACUUGCAGUGACGUAUUAAGCUUUAUAUGUGUUUGAUUGGUCCGAGUUGACGUUUGACAGCUGCACAUGCCGUCACCUGCAUAUGAUUAUAGGUGAAAGGUGAAGAUGAACGGGGAUUGGCCGGUUAUUUCUGUUAUACUGACUGGAGCGGAUUGGCGGCCAUUUUGAAACACCAAAAAGAUGCACAUAGCGGGUAAUCAAACUACGAUGUAUUUUUUACUUUAAAGAGUGCAUUUUCUCACAUAAACAUGUUGUUUUUCCCAGUGCUUAUUUAUAUGCACACACUGUUGGUAUAUGAUAUUAAAAACAAAUAAACAAUCGCGAAAAAUAGACAGCAUGUCUUUCCACAAACAUGGUAUAAUCUAUUAUUGCAGUUUUUCCCGCACAAGCAGAUAUUUUGCUAAAUAAUUUCGUCUAUAAAAAAUAGGAUUGUAUGCAGAUAUUUGCAGUUUUGGGUGUUUCAAAAUGGCGUCCUUUGCGACUUCAUUGAACGCACUCGACCCGCUAUGAGAUCAGUGGGAUUGACUUACGCUAUAGAGGCCACUCUCUGGCGUUAUUUACGAGCCUCGAAGUGUGACGUCAGAUGUUCGGUCUACCACCUCAACCCACACCAUCCCCCAAGCAAAAUCUUUUUACAUCCCAUACCUCUUGCCAGUGUUAGGUGCACCAUCACGGGUUUCAAUGGUUCCUUGAAAUCUAUCCAAGAUGGAAAAUUGUUG